CAAAAACAGACAUUCAAUUAACAGGCUCCAUUUAAAGGGCUCCUUGGUAAAUAAUGCAGCUGAAUCACUCUGAUGCUUGGAAUCACACAAAUGCAACCAGCAGUGUAGAACCCUGCACAGAUAUUGAUAACACACUCAAUGCCUUUUAUGUUCCAUUUAUUUACGGUACCACAUUUGUACUGGGUUCAAUUCUUAACACAGCUGCUAUUAUAGUAUAUGUAUUUGCCAUGAAAGAGUGGAACCGAAGCAAUAUCUUUCUUUUCAAUUUGCUCCUGGCUGAUCUCCUCUAUAUCUUUAACUUGCCAUUUUUAGUCUCUGUUUACACAAACAGAGGCGUCUGGUACUAUGGGCCAUUGUAUUGCAAAAUAAUGAGGUACCUCUACCAUGCCAAUCUUUACACUAGCAUUCUGUUUCUCGGCUGCGUCAGCAUGGAUCGGUACCUACUUAUUGCACACCCAGUGAAGUCAGCCCAGCUGUUCAAGAAAUGGCACGCAGUGCUUAUAAGCAUGCUAAUAUGGGUCAUUGUCACCCUGGAGCUUUUGCCUAUGUUUUUUUUAAUCACUGUAGAAGGUAUUUCAAACUCUACAGAUUUAAAAUGUCUCGACUAUGCCAGUUCUGGGGACAUAGGAACCACUUUCAUAUUCAGUAUGACGGUCACUUUUACUGGCUUCCUAAUUCCUUUUGGCAUCCUUGUAUAUAGCUAUGUGCUUGUAGUCCGCGUCCUAAAAGAUAUGCAGCAGAGGUUUAAAAAAAACACAGAAAAGGCAGGCAAGCCUUUAACUCUGAUUGUUUUUGCAAUGGUUCUGUUUUCCGCCUCCUUCUUUCCAUACCACGUCAUGCGGAAUGCUCGCAUUGCUGCCCGGAUGUUCUAUGAGCCUACAAGCUGCCCUCUCAUCAUCUGCAGAGCACUUUACAACAUCACCAGGCCCCUGAGCAGCCUCAACAGCUGUCUGAAUCCGGUCUUUUAUUUUCUGGUUGGGGACAGUUUUAGAGAUAAGUUACUGUCCUUUUUCAAAAGGAAACCAAAGGACAAAAAACCUGAAUCAAUAACCUCAAUUAGCACCCCAGCAAAGCCCACAUGAGUUCUGGUUCACAUCAGCUUAGAAGUAGGAGCUGAUGACACGCAUGGGUGUCAUUAUAGUGAGGGGCAGUAUAGCAAGAGGACUGCGUUUUAACCCUCUGUAAAACUGCCUUUGCUCUUGCUGCAAGAUAGAGCCUAUUGACUUUUAUUUUAAACGUAAAGUGUGAGUCCUGUAUAUUUAAAAUUAGUAAGUGAUAAGCAGUAUGUACUCUAUGGAAAAAUGACUCUUCAAAAAUGAAAAAUGGUUAGUGUUUUGACCAUCCCUUUUCCUUACUUCUUAAGCAGGUGUAAAACAGCUGUAUGAUUUGCUUUCAGUAUGCAUACAUACAGUAUGUGGUAUUUUGCGGGGAAUAUAUUUAAAU